UCAGACAGCCACUCUUUCUCUUUCCUUUUCCUCUCGACGCCUUAGUUUCGCCGGCCGUUUCUUCCUUCCUUCUCUCCCCGACCAUCGUUCUCCCUCCUUUUUUGUUUUUUUUCCUCCCGUUUUUGUACAUUAAUGGCCGUUUCUUCAAGCUAGGUUUUUUUUUUUGUUUCCGGCGGAAACUUUGGGGGUCGAUUCGGAUGCGGUAAAUCUUAGCCCGGAGGAUCUCUUUGUUUGCUAGGGUUUGCCAGUUGAGGCGAUAUCCGAGUAUCUGCUCGCCGGAAUCUGAAAUUCUCCGGCAGACAUGGCCUCCGACCUCCCCCUGAGCCCUCAACUUGAGCAGAUCCACGGCGAAAUUCGCGACCACUUCCGAGCCCUCGCGAAUGGCUUCCAGAGGCUGGAUAAGAUCAAGGAUUCAAAUCGACAAAGCAAGCAACUCGAGGAACUUACUGGGAAGAUGAGGGAAUGUAAAAGGUUGAUUAAGGAGUUUGAUCGUGAACUUAAGGAUGAGGAACCCAGAAAUUCUCCCGAAGUUAAUAAGCAAUUGAACGAUGAGAAACAAUCUAUGAUCAAGGAACUCAAUUCUUAUGUAGCACUGAGAAAAACAUACUUGAAUACUCUUGGCAAUAAGAAAAUCGAACUUUUUGAUAUGGGAGCUGGAGUCAGUGGCGAACCUACGGCUGAUGAGAAUGUCCAAGUGGCUUCAUCUAUGUCAAACCAGGAACUUAUUGAUGCCGGAAUGAAAAAGAUGGAUGAGACUGAUCAGGCCAUUGAACGCUCUAAACAGGUUGUCCAGCAAACAGUUGAAGUGGGAACACAGGCUGCAUCUACUUUAAAGGGACAGACGGAUCAAAUGGGACGAAUUGUUAACGAUCUGGACACGAUUCAGUUCUCUAUCAAGAAGGCCUCACAGCUAGUGAAAGAGAUAGGAAGACAGGUGGCUACCGAUAAAUGCAUCAUGAUGUUCUUGUUUCUCAUCGUUUGCGGUGUAAUAGCCAUCAUUGUCGUGAAGAUUGUGAACCCAAAUAACAAAGAUAUAAGGGACAUCCCUGGACUGGCUCCUCCUGCACAGUCAAGGAAGCUAUUGUACUUGAGGAAGAACCUGUGAGAGGGGAAUUGCCUCGUUCCAUAUGGUAUUAUAUCUCCUUUAUUCCACAUUUCUCUGGUCGAGGGUUUGAUGCAUAUAUAUAUACACAACCGUUGCUUGUGUGCUUGCUUUGCUUCCUUUUUUUUCCUUCUAAUUGUUAUUUUUCGAGUCAUCUGUGUUCUGUUCUUGAGUGGAGGUGCGUGUAAAUUAUCAUUUGACAAGGUUACGGUUUUGUAAAAAAUUUCACGAGGUCUUCACUACCGUGUAAGCGUGUUCUUUCUGUAUUUAA